GGAGGAGGAGAAAGGGGGAGGAGGAAGAGCCCGGCAAAGUCCCGGACAGGGGUUUUUGGCCCAAAGGAGGAAGACUUAAGGGCAGCCUAACGCGCGCCUCCGGCCGCGGUCCUCCCUCCCCCACGCUGGGGUUCGGCGGAGGGAUCAUCCCGGGACCACAGGUUCCCAAGUUGGGCGGCCGCCGCCGCCGCCGCCGCCGGAGAAACCCCGGCGGACGCCAUACUAGAAACCAAAAUGGCUGCCCCGAGGAAGCCCGCACAGCGCAGCCAGUAAGGGCCGUGGAAAAGGCUUCCCGCGGCGGGAGGGAGGAAGGGGGAGGGGACCCCUGCCAGGACCUGCGGCUGCUGCUCGUCCUCCUCGGCCCGGGCCCCCCAAGGUAUAUUGAUCCAAUUAUAGCUGAUACUUCUGUGCUUUAUCAACAUAAAAUACUAUCCAGGAAAAAUGAUAAAAUUUUUCCUCAUGGUGAAUAAGCAAGGACAGACCAGACUUUCUAGAUACUAUGAACAUAUAGAAAUCAAUAAGAGAACUAUUCUGGAAGCAGAUGUCAUCAAAACAUGCUUAUCACGAUCCAAGGAACAAUGCUCUUUUAUCGAGUAUAAGGAUUUUAAGCUCAUAUAUCGGCAGUACGCAGCUCUCUUCAUCGUAGUUGGGAUCAACGAAACGGAGAAUGAAAUGGCUGUGUAUGAAUUCAUCCAUAAUUUUGUGGAAGUUUUGGACAUGUAUUUCAGCCGAGUGAGUGAAUUAGAUAUAAUGUUUAACUUGGAUAAAGUGCACAUAAUUUUGGACGAGAUGGUGCUGAAUGGCUGCAUUGUGGAAACUAACAAGGCUAGAAUCCUCGCCCCUCUCCUGAUUCUUGACAAAAUGGCUGAGAGCUGAAUAAAGAAGCCAUGUCUUGACGGCACUGAUUCACAAGGAAAUGUCAGAAGCACAGAACACCCCCUACAACUAUAUUCUUGGAGAAUCCACAAAGCUACAUAUUACAGCAAACUGGGGUCUAGUACCAAAAGCAUGGUUUUGGUUUCCUAAAUGGAAAACAGAAAAAAGUAUCUUCACAAUAUGAUAUACAAUGGGAAUUAUAAACUAAAUUAAGAGGUGAGGAUCUUACCAAUUAUGAUUCUAAGUUUAUUUCUUUACACUUCUUAAAUUUUAUUAAAUGAAAUAUCAGGGCUUGAUAUUUAUCAGCCAAUGAAGUUUGAAAAUUAGUUUGAAAAACUACAUAAAUCAUUCAAGAUGAUGUUUUCCUAUAUGAGUUUUUUGUUUUUAUAAA